AUGGAGGCUCUCCAUGGACUUCACCUUCCGGUGACGUUGCCUUUGGAUUUCACCCCCUUGAAGAUAAGAAUUUCUUCUUGCUCUGUAUCUGGUUCAACCGAAUACCAGAUCAAACUGUUGUUUAGUACGCCAAUGGUGGUAACUCAGCACCAAAAAAUUCCAUUAUUGAGCUUACAAAAGCUGGUCAAUUCGUGCUUACAAACCCUAAAGGCCAACAGUUAUGGAAGGUUGAAAUGGUCAAUUCCAGAAAUGUCGUUUACGCUGCCAUGCUCGACAAUGGCAACUUCGUGCUUAGAAGUAAGAAGUUUGAUCACAUAUGGGAGAGCUUCAGCCAACCUACAGACAUCAUGUUACCUGGACAGACACUGCAAGUGGGUGGUAGUCUUCAAUCCUAUUUGUUCUGUCGCAGUAGCACCAUCUGCUGCUACUCGUUCCUUCAACACCGAAUCUCAAAUGCGCCAGUACGAGGAUGAUGAGCGAAGCAUCGAUGUGGAACGCCAAUCCGAUCGUUCCAUCUCUCGUCGCCGUGAGUCAUUUCCUAGUCUCUUCACAGAUGUGUUUGAUCCGUUCGUCUCACCGACUAGGUCACUGAGCCAGGUCCUGAAUCUGAUGGACCAGAUGAUUGAGAAUCCUUUCGUGGCUAGAGGGAUGGGGAGUGGAACGACGAGGAGAGGAUGGGAUGCUAAAGAGGACGAAAAUGCUCUGUACGUGAGGAUCGACAUGCCUGGCCUAGGGAAAGAGGACGUGAAGGUGUUGGUAGAGGAGAACACUCUGAUCAUCAAAGGAGAAGGGGGUAAGGGAUCUGACGAGGAGAAAGGUGGAAGGAAGUAUAGUAGUAGGAUUGAUCUCCCCAAGAAAUGGGUUUUUCCCUCCUAUCAUGACUUGGUGUCUUGGAGUCCUAGUAUGUUUAUGAGUAAUUAG